GUGCCUGCAGCCUCUCCCCUCCCGCAGGCCAGGACGUCAUCGCCGCCAUCCUGACCGAGCUGCCGGCGCCCGGGCGGACGCGGAGGCAGGUGGUGAAGCAUUUGGUGAGGCUGGGGCUGGCCAGCAGCGCCAAGGACUUCCCGCAGCAGAGGAAGGGCACCCGCAUCGUGCUGUGGACGGAGGAGCAGGAGCAGGAGCUGGAGCGGCUCUUUGAGGAGUUCAGGGGCUCGGAUGACGUCCUGGGGAACAUCAUGAAGAACCUGACGGCGCGGCGGUCGCGGGCCCGGGUGGUGGAGAAGCUGCUGGGGCUGGGGCUGGUGUCGGAGCGCAAGGAGCUGCACAAGAAGCGCCGGAGGAAGGGCCGCAGCCCCGAGCUGGGCGAGGCAGAAGCCUUGGCGGUGUCAGCCCAGGACAGCUCAGCAGAGGAGGGGGACAGCGAGGAGGAAGAGGAGGAAGAAGAGGAGGAAGCCGAGAGCGACCCCAUAGAGGAGCACUGGGUGCCCGAGGAAGGGGCCGGGCAGGGCCUGGUGCAUCUUCUGCAUCAGGAAGGCCUGGCCGGGCCCCUGCGGUGGCUGGAGAACUGCCUGAGGAGGACGGCCGGGGACCGCGAGCAGGAGGGUGUCCCCCCGCGCCCCGGGGCGCUCUCGGAGGAGAAUGAGGAUGCCAUGGAGGACCGGCGCUUCCGAGCCCUGCUACGGGAGCUGGGGCUCCGUCCCCCUGCCAGCGAGCAGGAGUCUUUCUGGCGCAUCCCCGCCACCCUCACCCCGCAGCAGCUGCGCCGCGCCGCCGCCUCCCUUGCCCACCAUAGCCCUAACCCGGAGGGGCUCCCCCAGCACCCCGAGGGGCUCCCCCAGCACCCCGAGGGGCUGCCGGCACCACCAAGGCACCCCCAGGCUCCUGCUCCAGGUGAGGAUUUGGGCCGGGGGCGCAGGGAUCAGGCUGGGGGUGCGGGAGCUGCCUCUGAGCCCCUCUUCACAUGCCCAGCAGCGGAGCGGCCACCGGCCCCGCUCGGAUCGGACUCAGAGAGCGAGGAGCCUGUCCGCGUCCCCCUGCAGUCGGGCAGCAAGAGGCGGCGUCAGCUCGACAGCGAGGAUGAGGAUGGCGGAAGCCCAGAGGCAGAGGCAGCCCCCCCUGUGCCCCGCUCAGAGGACGACGACGACGACGACCCCCAGCCUGCAGGGAGGCGGAAGC